GUGAACGUUGGGCCGCUUGGAACGAAACGCCUUUUGUAAACAACGUUUGCUCGGCGAUACGAAGUUUGAACACCUUGCCAUCCGAUAAAUCCCCUUUUCAAGGUGUGAUAUCCAUUCUCGAAUAUGGAUGCUAACUUUGAAAGUGAUGAUGAAACAGUGAAUGGGAGAGAUUAUGACCUAGAAAGGCAUAAGGCACAUGUUCUGGCAGAAGUGGAUGCCAUUUUUGGCUUUAAGCAGAAAAGAAGUGAGGCAGCAGUAAACGAUGUUGAAGAAACAACAAAAGGAAAUGCAGAUAAAGUGUAUUACAGAGAACAACAGAGUAGUAAAUAUAAUGAAUAUGCACACAACAGAGAAAAAGAAGUACAAGACACUGGUUUCUCUGAACCCUACAUGAUACCCAAAGAUACCAGAUAUAUGAUGAGUCCGAAAGAGGCAGCAGAAUACAGUGAAAGAAGUGCCGAUAAUCAUGGAGAAAGAAAUGAACAGACAGAGAGGGACCAAACAGAAUCACAUUCCGGGGAGAGUUGCCAGUUAUACACCCCUGCGGAAGCAAGUGAAAGAGUGAAUGAUGUGCCAAUGGAAACGGAAAACGUGCACUAUCGGCAGCUAAUGAAAUUUGACUUUGAGUCUCCUGUUGAAACCCUGGAUUAUAAAAAGUGUUUUCAGGAAAUGGAAGAUAAUUACACAAAAGGAUGUAAAUGGUCUCCUGAUGGCUCAUGCUUGUUGGUCGGAAGUGUGGACAAGAAGCUGCGCCUCUUCAACCUUCCAAAUCCAGUGGCAAUGGGACAAUGUUUAGAUGAAUCUUGGCAAGCAGAAAGUGAACGAUACAACCUACCAGCUGUUACAGUCCGGGAAAGAGAACUCAUCUAUGAUUAUGCGUGGUAUCCUCACAUGCGCUCAGAUAAUCCUCAAUCUUGCUGUUUUGCAGUGACUUGUCGUGAUCAGCCAGUCCACCUGUGGGAUGCCUGGAAUGGAAAUCUUGUCUGCAGUUAUCAGUCCUAUGAUCACUUGGAUCAGUUGGUUGCAGCAAAGAGUGUCGGAUUCAGUUUGGAUGGAUCCAUGCUUCUCUGUGGCUUCAAGAAAACCAUCCGAAUAUUCCACACAAGUCGACCUGGCAGAACUUUUGAAACCAUUGAUGCUAAAGGUCAGCCGGGAAUUAUAUCAUGUAUGGCCUUUAACCCACGACUGCCAAACAUCUUUGUUGCUGGGAGCUACCUUGGCAAUUUAGGGUUUUACAACACUAGAAGGAACAAUCUUUUCUGUCGACUAGAUGGAUGCACAGGAGGCGUUACACAGGUUGCUUUCUCGUCUUGUGGAAUAAAAUUGUUUACUGGAACACGAAAGGAUGAUGAAAUUCUUUGCUGGGACAUAAGGAAGUUGGGGACUAUUCUGUAUAGUUUGAAGAGGGAGAUCAGCACAAACCAACGAAUCUACUUUGAUUUAGAGCCAGAACUUUGCAGAUACCUUGUGUCUGGAGACACAAGAGGCAAGGUACUGAAAUGGGAUUUAGAUCAGCAAGGAGUAACAGAAUGUGGUGAUAGUGUGCCAGUUCUGCAACCUAGCGCAUCUUUUCCGGCUCAUAAAGACUGCUGUAAUGGAAUAAGCCUACAUCCUUACAAUGCCAUCUUAGCAACCAGCUCUGGCCAGAGGCACUUCCCAGAGCCAGUGGAAAGUGACUCCAGUUCUGAUGAGAGUGUGUCGAAGCCCAUGUUUUCCAAGAAGAAAAUCACACAAGAAAACACUGUGAAAUUAUGGUGGCUUGGAGGACGAAGCUAAAUCAUUCCAAUUGCCAAUGAUAUAAUUUAGCUAUUUGUAAAGCUGGACUUUAACAAAGAAAAGAUGCUUUUUGUUUAUGGAACUUUGAAGAAAGUUUCUGAACUUCUACUCUUUUUUUUACCUGAAAAUAUGAAAAUGGCCCAAAAAAUAACAGGGAAUGAUUACAUUUGCCUUGUUCCAUAUUUUAUUUUAUGGGGAAUAAAAUAUUUCAAACCCAAUAUUAAUAUAAUUAUCCAUUAGGUCUAGUUUAUCAAAAUUAUGUGAUAUUUGUAAAAGUGAUCUAAUUGAAAUGAGGAAUUUGUAUUUUAUUAAUAUUCACAAUGUGUGGUACUGUAGCGUAGAACCUGGGCAAAGUAUAACCCAGAUUCCACUACAAAAACCCAGCCAAAGUUGCUGAGCUCCUUUCCAGUUCCCCAGCCUCCUAUUUAAUUUACAUUAUAAAUACAUUCCCCUGCCCAGACACGGACAAGCUGGCUUCAAAAUGCUGUGACAGCAUAAUAUUUUCUAAGACAAUCAUGAGCUAUAGGUCAAGGGGCAGCAAUCUAUGCUCCACAGACUGAAUCCAGCCUGCCAUGUGCAAUAAUUUGUCCCUCAGUAUUGUUGAGACCUUUAAGUGACAUCAAGAUUGUACAGAUUGAUGAAUGUAUUCUUAUGAAAUAUUACUUCUUAAAAGAAACAGUAUGUUUGCUUCUACUUCUAUUAUUUUUGCAAAAGUUUAUCACCAUUGGCAUAUAUAGUUUCAUAUAAAUAAUCUAUAAUCAAAUCAAAGGUAUUGAUGUUCUUUUCUUUUUUAUCAUAUGAUGAGGAUAAAACUUGUCCACUCUUUUAAAAUAUUACCUUAAUAUGUUCACCAAUACAUUCCACAGGAUUUAAUAAAAGGAUUUUUUUUUCUUAAUAAUACAUGCAUUCAUUUCAGUUCUUGACACUUGGAAACAGAUCAUGAUAAUUUCUAACAUAAAAAUUUAUAUUUACAUAUGUACACAUUGCACAAGCGACAACUUUUUACAAAAUAGACUUCUUGUCCUUACUUACAUCCACACACCCUUACAUACAUUAUUUCAGUCUCAUCUUAUCACUUAUUCUUCUUUGCCUCUGCUAUUUCAUUAAACUGACUUCCAAUAUUUUGUAUAUCCUCAUCCUCUUUCGGUAUAAAUGUUUUAAUUUGUGCCAUCUGGAUAACGUUAUGCACAGCUCCCUGGGGGUCAUCUUUGUAAAUCAUGAAGUGUCCUUGUACGGCUGCUGCACUCACCGACACUCCCAAAUUCUUCACAGCCUGAAACAGUAAUUGUGGUCAGUAAUUGUGGUAAUUAAGACUCUUGAUGCCAGGCAGAAAGGCCAAGAUCACCACAGCAUAUUUAAAGGGUACCGAGGGAAAGGGGUAUCCUAAUUAUUAUAAAAGAAAUAACGGAUUUCUUUUUUAUAUUUCUAAUAAAAUUACAUAAAAUUUGCAAUGUUUGUACAUUAAUCUGUUAGGACUAAUGUAUUAAUCUUAUAAUUCUUAUUUCAAAUGCAAGAACAACAGUUUCACACACAAUAAGCGAGAAUGUAAUGUAAUGAAUGUUAAUAAAGUAAUAAAAAUAUGGAACAAUUCCCUUAAAUCUUGAAUACCAAAAGACCUUAAGUAAUAUCAUUUAUACAGAAUUUAAAUAACUGUCAAGUUUAUUCUGAAAUGUAUACAGAUACCUUCGAAAAAUGUUAAGUAUGAGAAAAUACAAUGAGUUUUCAACUUUCAA